AUGGCAAUGAUCAGAUACGAACUUCUAACCAGAAAGAGUUAAGUUGGAUCAAUGGCGGCGGCGAGGUUUCUUCUGCAAUUCCCCAACGCAGCCGCCGCAAGGAAUCUAUCUGUUUCUGCUUCGUCUAACCGUAAAACCUCUUCUCUCUCUCUGCCAUGUGCAAGCUCGAAUUCAUCCCCAUCAUCAGUGGGUGGUCCUUUGAUAAUAGAACUUCCACUGGAGAAAAUCCGGAGGCCGCUGAUGAGAACGAGAGCUAACGAUCCCCUGAAAGUGAAGGAUCUGAUGGACAGCAUCAGCGAGAUCGGCCUUCAAGUUCCGAUUGAUGUGCUAGAGGUGGACGGCGCUUACUAUGGUUUUUCAGGUUGUCACAGAUACGAAGCUCAUGAGCGUUUAGGACUCCCAACAAUACGAUGCAAAGUGAGACGGGGGACCAAAGACACUCUCAGACAUCAUCUUCGUUGAGCACAUUUUAUCGUAGUGUAGUCGCCAGAAGAAGUUUCUGACCUAAAAAAUCGACUGGAUUUUAUAUUGUAUUUAGAAUGGAUAUGCUGCCUGCCUGCCUGCUUAAGAAUGAUUCACAUCAUCUUCUUCUUCUUCUUCUUCUUCAGCCAUUGAAGAAAGAAAGACAUGAGUUCUGUUGUCAUAUAUAUGUUUAUUUUAUAUUAUUUAUUCGUUAGAAUUGA